GGUACUUGCGGCUGACGAAGAGCCGGUUGCCUUGCUCCUUGUACUCCUGGGCGCUGCGGCUCUUCUCGGGGCUGCCGCCGCCGCCCAAGCCGCCCCCGACCAGGCCGCCGACCAGACCCACCGCGGGGCCGCCGCUUCCCGGCAACCCAACGCCGCCUCCGCCGCCCUCUUUCUCCUUCUCCUCCUUCCCCUUCAUGCCGCCCAGGCAGAAACAGCUGCAGCAACCGCCGCCGGCCCGCCCGGAGGAGCCCGGCGGGCACCGAUCGCCCCGGCCUCGCCGCACCGCCACAGCCCGGCCCGGGCCCCGAUCGCCCGCAGCAGCAGCAGCAGCGGCAGCGGCAGCAACCCGGCCGAGACUGAGGGAGGGACGCGCCGAGCAGGAGGAGGAGGGACCGAAGCGAACGGAAAGGGCCGGGCCCGGCGCCCGCAGGAGGCCGAGGCAGAAGCGGAGCGAGCGCCGCCUGGCCACCGAGCCGAGCUGCCGCUUCUGGGGACGUGGGUGGGCUGCUGCAGGCCGCGUCCGGGGACUCGACCUUGUCCGAGCCGGGGCGCCUUCCACGGAAGCAAAGGCCCCUUCAUCGACAGAGGGCUCUCCUCCCUCCAGGCAGCGAAACUUCACAGGUUACCAUUUCCUCCUCCUUUGUGAAGGGGGAAUUAAAAGCCCCCUGGAUUUCCUCGGGGAACAAACCCCUCGGGUUGGAGCCGGGGGUAGGCGGCGAUGCAGCACACACUGAUUUCAGGAAGCCUUGACGUCAUGGGGCUGGAAGGAGGACUCCAUGCCUGCGAUGAUCCUGCAUACUGGCGGACAGUUUUGAAUGCUUACCAAGAUGUGGUCGCGGCCAGAGGAAGCAAGCAGAAAAAAAUCAUUGCCUUGGACAAAUGGUAUCAGGAGGAGCUGCCGAUCGCUGUUGCCGGACGGAAGGAAAAACACUUGACCAAAGAGGAGCUGGUGAAGCUGAUGGAAUGGAAGCUUUCCAGGGGCAUGUUUCGUCCUCGGCUCCAGCAACUGGUGGCCACUAACUCCAGCGAAACCGUGGAGAGCUGUACCAGAAAAGCCUUCCAACUUCUCCCGGACGUAGCAAGUGCUGUAACUGAGCUGUGCCAACUGAAGGCUGUCGGGCCUGCUACAGCUUCAGCGAUUCUGGCCGCCGGCGCCCCGGAAGUAGCGGCCUUCAUGGCAGAUGAAGUGGUGGAGUCCCUCCCAGGCCUCGCCCCUAUUCAGUACACCCUCAAGCACUACAUGCGCUACCUGGACGAGAUCCAAAGCUGCGUCGAGAAGCUAAACAAAGCUGACGCAGAGCGGGCCUGGACGCCUCACCGGGUGGAGAUGGGCCUCUGGGCUUGGGCCGUCGGUGCCAAACUGCAGGUGCCCUCGUUGCAGGCUCUGACAGCGGAGAGAGCAAAGGCAGGGGACCAGGGAGAAGCCCCCAGGCCCAGAAAAAAACACAAAACAUCGUGAAAACUCCCAGGAUUGUAGAACUGACCUCCGUUCCUUCAUGCACAAAAGCUGAAGCUGAGUGACACGCACAGACAGAGGCCAAGCCGUUCUCCUGGAUCUUGGGGUUAAUUGCAUGGGGAGUUUGCACCAGCAGUUAUGCCAGAUCCCCGUGCUUCUGGAGGAUAUUGCACAGCUGUGCAGAAUUGGUCCUCCUCUCUUGAUGCUCAUUUUUGCACCGACUGCAGUCUUCAGCAGCACAAAGCAAAGCGUACACCAACCUUCCUCCUCCUCCCACACUCCCAAUAAUUCCAGCGUGGUAAGUCCACCCUCAAAACAGACCGGGUGUCUUGAUUUAAGCUUUCCGUUCGUGGCUGGAGCUCAAGAUCUGGCAGAGCUUUAUAUCUGAGGGUGAGGAGGAAUUUUGCCUCCAGUUGGACUAUCUGGAGAUUUGCGAUUGUGGGGUGGGCGAGGGGUGGAUGCUAUUUGUCCUUCCAUAUAAUGCACAGCUUGACAGACUGACUUGCGGCGGCAAGAAUAAUUUGCUCCUUGGGUGCCACUAGGGGGAGCACCUCCACUGGAGAUGCCCUCCCUUCUAAACCUUUUCCUCCUCGCUCUCUCUGUUUUUCUGUCUGUCUACCCCCCCCCCCCGCAUUCUGUAAGAGUGUGCAUUCCAUAGGCUACUUUGGAUAGAUUAACCUAUGAGAGCUUUUCAGUCCGGAUCUUCUGACCUGCCGGGUGUUUGUGUGGGGAAUUCAACUGACUGGUCUUUUGGUGUCUCCAGUCCUGCAAACAGGCGCUGCUAGUGAAAUAGAGUUGGCCAAAGCACCAUUUGUUUUCCAAAUCAGAUUUUGCUUUAUAAAAUAACAUCAUAUUAAUAAAAUACAAUUCAGAAGAUA